CUGGAAUACGGGGAUUGUUAUCACACACUUUUAUCAAUAAUGGUUCUCCAAAAAAAAAAGAAAAAUUGCUUAGAGAACGAGACUUUGGAACCAGUGUUGAUGGUUCUAAAACUGUAAAUCCCGUUUAUCAUGCACUAUUUUCUGAGGUUAUUGACAGUGCAAUUGCACUUAAAAUGCUUUUUGGACCUGGGGAGUUGCUGUCACUUCUCUUGAUGUUAUCUUCAAAAAUACUGGAAAGCCUGGUGAUGUUACUUGUUGCCAUAGUUGGAAUUCGUUUUGUUCUGGAACUAAGAUAUUCAGAACCUAAUCCGGCUGAUGUUCUAAAAGGAUAUUUACCUAGUUCAGGAAUCUUCACAGACUCUAGAAAAUUGUACAUUGCAAUUGGUAAUAUUGGUGCAACAGUUAUGCCUCUCAAUUUAUAUUUGCAUCCACACUUGGUCAAAGUUAGAAAACAUCGUGAAGAGUCAAAAGAAAUUAAUAACAAAGACAAUAAAUUGGAAUCAGGUCAAGAUAUAGCAUCAACAACAUCAAUAUUCCAAUCUAUCGUUACACUAUUGAUUGCUGGUCAAAGUUCAACACUUACAGCAACAAUUGCAGGCCAAAUUGUUAUGGAAGGGUUUUUAGGUUGGACAAUAAGACCAUGGUUAAGGAGGUUUCUCACAAGAAUAAUUGCUAUAAUACCUGCCGUGUUAAUUGCCAUUUUUAGAGGUGAAGAAGGAUUGAACGAAAUGCUGGUAGCAAGUCAAUCUAUUUUACUAGCAGCAGGAAAUUGA